CUUCCCCGAGCGGACGGCGCGGCUGCCUGCGUGGUCUGAAAGCCCAGGCGCCGCGGCCCGAGUGGCCAGGUGAGGCGGUGGCUGUGCCCCGCAACAUGGAGGGCAGCCCAGCCCUGGCCCCAGUCCCAGCCCCAGCCCGCACCCGGGUUGCCGCCGACCCCAGCCGCUGUCCGCUCCCCGUCCGCCGGCUCCCGCUGCUGCUCUCUGGGCGCCGUCCCCGGCUCACCUCGAAGCCAACAUGAAGGAGACCCGGGGCGACGGCGGGAGCGCCCCUUUCUGCACCCGCCUCAACCACUCCUACCCUGGCAUGUGGGGAACCGACCGGUCCGCGGAGGCGCGGGGCAACCUCACGCGCCCGGCGGGGCCAGGCGAGGACUGCGGCUCGGUGUCCGUGGUCUUCCCGAUCACCAUGCUCAUCACCGGUUUCGUGGGCAACGCGCUGGCCAUGCUGCUGGUGUCGCGGAGCUACCGGCGCCGGGAGAGCAAGCGCAAGAAGUCGUUCCUGCUGUGCAUCGGCUGGCUCGCGCUCACCGACAUGGUGGGGCAGCUGCUCACCAGCCCGGUGGUCAUCGUCGUGUACCUGUCCAAGCAGCGCUGGGAGCAGCUCGACCCGUCGGGGCGACUGUGCACCUUCUUCGGCCUGACUAUGACUGUCUUCGGGCUGUCCUCGCUCUUCAUCGCCAGCGCCAUGGCCGUCGAGAGGGCGCUGGCCAUCCGGGCGCCGCACUGGUACGCGAGCCACAUGAAGACGCGCGCCACCCGCGCGGUGCUGCUCGGCGUGUGGCUGGCGGUGCUCGCCUUCGCCCUGUUACCGGUUCUGGGCGUGGGUCGGUACACCAUCCAGUGGCCCGGGACGUGGUGCUUCAUUAGCACCGGGGGCGGGGGCAACGAAACCAGCUCUCCCCAGAACUGGGGCAACCUUUUCUUCGCCUCCACCUUUGCCUUCCUGGGGCUUUCAGCGCUGGCGGUCACGAUUGCUUGCAACCUGGCCACUAUUAAGGCCCUGGUUUCCCGUUGCCGAGCCAAGACCACCGCAUCACAGUCCAGCGCCCAGUGGGGCCGGAUCACGACGGAGACGGCCAUCCAACUCAUGGGGAUCAUGUGCGUGCUGUCGGUCUGCUGGUCGCCAUUGCUGAUAAUGAUGUUAAAAAUGAUCUUCAAUCAGACAUCAGUUGAGCACUGCAAGACACACAUGGAAAAGCAGAAAGAAUGCAACUUCUUCUUAAUAGCUGUUCGCCUGGCUUCACUGAACCAGAUCUUGGAUCCCUGGGUUUAUCUGCUGCUAAGAAAGAUCCUUCUUCGAAAGUUUUGCCAGAUCAGGCAGCACACAAACAACUAUGCAUCCAGUUCCACCUCCUUACCACACCAGUGUUCCUCAACCUUGAUGUGGAGUGACCAUUUGGAAAGAUCAUGAAAGAACGGACUUGGACUUUUUUUUUUUUUUUUCUUUUUUUGCAAUUCCUGCUUCCCUGAUUGUGUAUUUCUUCCCAUCUGAGGAGAACUUUAUAUUUUGAUUUGGAUUGUUUCCUCAUUUUUUUUUUUCUUUUAAUUUUUUUUUUUUUUAUUAGUAAUGCCCAUGGAGACCAGGUUUGUUAUAUAAUCCACAUCCCUGAGAGUUACAUUGACUUCUUGGACUGAAUUUUGAGCAUAUGUUUAAGAAGGUGGGCAGGAUUUCACAGUUGACGAUUGUGGGAAAGAGUGAGAAAAACAGAAAACAAUCUUCCAGGAGUUUUUUCCUCCAGUCAAGCCCUUAUCUGAAUCUCGACAGAAGAAAUGAACUCCUGCCUAAUUCCACAGCCAUCCCAUUGCAGAACCAGUGCUUUCAGAAUGAUUGCCACUCAGUAAAACCCAGCAGCGCAGCUCCCAAGAGGGGUUGGUGCUGGGAAUUAGCACACCCAACCUUGCCGACAUCCUAGAGCCAGGGUAAAAGAAGGGAGCAGGGCAUAAGUAGAACUAGAAGACUGGCCUUCUAGCCGAAACUAUAGAUAGUCAAGUUCUCCUAAGAAGGGCGGGAAAAAAUUAAUUAUCUUUUAUAUGUACAUGUGUACAUGUGCCUUAGAGUUUUAGUGGAUUUUGGUCCACAAAAUAAAUGAAAAUUCAGAGUUGACUUGAUUUGCAUUUUCACUGUCAAUAGGAAUGACUUUAAAAAAUCAAAUAAAUAGUGAAAUUCAGGUUACAAGGUAACCGCCUAAACUAUCUAAGAGAACAAAUUUUUUUCCCAGCAUUCUCAGUAGUAGGGAUAACUUUAAUUAUUCAGGUAGCAUAAGGAUAUCUGUAAGUACACCUUAUUUGAUAUACUAUAAUUACUAGGAAUACUUAACUGUUUAAUUUUUGUCUUAAAAUAUUUGUGCUCAUAUUUUUCAUGAAUCCAGACUUUUACUGAAUAUUUUGUUAAUUCAAAAUAUCUCUAGUCUCAUCCCAUGGAUAAAAAUGUUUUUCUGUUUUCUUCAUGUUCUAAACCUUUACUUGGCUUUCAUUAUGUGAAAUGCUUUUUUAUAUAAGAAUAAUUUGUAUAUUAUAUAUUUUAAGAGCCUUUGUAAUUCUUUUUUUAAAAAAUUACUAAACUCUAUUGUUAGCUCCUUGUGGGCAGUAUGACUGCUUUAUCUCUUGUAUCUAUAGAGCUUAGUACAGUGCUAAUAAGCACAUAGAAAUUCCUCAAUAAAAACUUGAUGGAACAAUAAAGUGACCACACUACAAUCUAUGUGAUAAUGCCUAAAACAACUAAUUAUGCAGCACCAUGAGGAAGGGUGGCAUGUAGUUGACAGUUGAUUCUCUAUUCACAUUUCUACUUUGAUCUUUUACCGCUUUGGUCAGUCUUUAAAUUCAGGCAUCUAGUCUCCUAGAUGUCUUCUUUAGGCUUCUUGAAGAAAACAACUUUAAUUAUUCAUUGAAUGUGGGUGAUUGCCAUUAAAAAAAUAAAUGAGAAAAAUUAAAGUCUGCAUGUAAAAUAACUGAUCAUUUAGUGAGUAUGACUUUUUUUAAAUUGUGGUAAUACUGGUUUAUAAUACUAUAUGU